ACUCCGCACCUCUUACCAAGGUUCUGACUCGCAAACCAUGUCGGUCAACCCAGUAAACCCCAAACCGUUCAUGCAAGAACUGACAGGAAAACCUGUCUUUGUUCGUCUAAAAUGGGGCUUGGAGUACAAAGGUUUUCUUGUUAGCACCGAUGGAUACAUGAACCUCCAGCUGGCAAACACGGAAGAAUAUCAGGAUGGAAAGUCAAACGGUACCCUAGGAGAGGUUUUCAUUCGGUGUAACAAUGUGCUCUACAUUAGGGAGGCCCCUCCAGAAUAAUUUUAUCGCUCGCCUUGCUCGUGCUAAGACUUCGCGUGUGCCGUAGCGCGUUUUACGACCUCAACGCCGAAUAGCCCUAUCGCUGAGUGUGAGAGGAGUCAUACAUACUAGAAUCAUCUUGUCAGACUUCGUAUCUAUUCGUGUAUCUGUACCAUAGUCCAAGUCAAAAAAUGUUGAUAUGCUGCGGGCCCGUUACACAGCCA